AUGGACCCAUAUGAGCUUAAAGGUCUUUCAGACAAUGAGUGUUUAUCUAUAUUGGUAAAAUGGGCAUUUGAAAAAGGAGAAGAGAGCAAGCAUCAAAACCUAAUCAAUAUUGGUAGAGAUAUAGUGAAGAAAUGUGGGGGAGUUCCCCUUGCAGCAAGGACCUUAGGAGCAGCAUUGCAUUCAAAAACUAAAGAGCGUGAUUGGUUGUCUGUGAGGGAUAGCGAAAUUUGGGCUUAUGCACAAAAUAAGAAUGAUAUCUUACCAGUUCUAAGGUUGAGUUAUGAUCAAAUGCCAUCGUAUUUAAAACAGUGUUUUGCCUAUUGUUCAUUAUUUGAGAAGGAUCAAAUAAUCAGCAAACAAGAGUUGAUAUAUUAUUGGAUGGCACAAGGAUUUAUAGAGUCUUUGGACAAUAAUGAAGAACUAGAAGAUACUGGUCAAAAUUACAUAGAUGAGCUGGUCAGGAGGUCCUUUCUUCAAUAUGAGGGGGGCGAAGCAUAUAAAAUGCAUGAUCUUGUUCAUGAUCUAGCAGAAUAUGUGGCCGGUAGUGAAUGCUUGACUGUGAAAAGGACAAAUAGCAAGGUAAAUCCUGACAAGGUUCGGCAUGUAUCAUUUGAUUCGAGCUCAUAUGGUGAACUUCCAAGGCCUUUAAUUGAAGCAAAGAAGCUGCGAACCAUUCUUUUUCCGAGCAAAAGGCAGCCCACCUUUGGAUCAUCAGUUGAAACAAUAAUCUCGAGUUUUAGAUGCUUACGAGUGGUAAACUUUAACAACCCUGACAUUGAAGACAACCAUGGCCAACAUUUUAAUUUCUUAUCCAAGAACGUAGUAAAUUUGAUGCACUUAAGGUACCUUAACAUGAAGUACUGUUAUGGUAUGCAAACACUCCCUAAAGGCUUUGGCAAUAGCUUGCUAUACUUGCAAUAUUUAAAUCUUUAUGGUUCAGCACUAUGUGAAUUGCCUGAAGAUUUUGGGAAACUAAUUAACCUACGUUUUUUGGGUUUAUCAUCAAUGCUGUCAUGUUUGCCUGAGAAACAGAUUGGUGGGUUGACUUCUCUCCAGGAAUUACAGCUAUAUGAUAGUUUUGAACUGACUGGUUUAGGUGAAGGGAUAGGAAAACUCACUUGCCUCCGAAAGUUGGAAAUUAAACUAUCUCCAAUGCUAACUUCAUUGCCACUUGGCAUGAGAUACCUCCCUGCCCUUGAGCAUCUGAAGAUUAGCUAUUGUUUUGCUCUCAAAUUCUCAGAGGAUAAUGAUUUGCAGGGGCUGAGAAGACUUAAAUCACUAACAUUGGUUGAUCUGCCGCGGUUGGUGAGUUUGCCCAAGGGACUUCAAGAUGCUGCUGACACGCUCAAUCAGCUCAAACUUCGAAGUUGUGAGAACUUGACAACGGUAUCAGAGUUCGUCCUCCCAUGUCUUACAUCACUUCAAGGACUUGAAAUUUAUAAUUGCCCUAAUUUGCUAUCUCUACCAAAGGAGAUGCAACAUCUCACUGAACUACACUGUCUGAGCAUCAAGGGGUGCAAACAAUUGAGUAGAAGAUGUGAGAAGGGAAUAGGAGAGGAUUGGCCCAAGAUUGCUCAUGUCCCCAAAAUUGAAAUUGAUUACAUAUGA